AUGGCCACCACAGCCUCGGUCGGCCUCGCCUUGGACUUCAGGUCGGCUCCCAGACAGAGCAGAGACACGCCUGAGGCCAGGCCCGGGCCUGCUGGGAAGCGUGCUGCGCCGGCACACCCGGCCGCAGAUGGAGACCAGGUGUGGCCAGAGGACACCUUGCAGCCCUCAGAGCUCACUGCCCGUCUGCCUCCCUUGCACGCCGCGGUUCCUGACCGGAACUUCCGGCCACUCCCACCGCCUCUGUGCCUGGCCCAAGGUUCUCAUGCGAAGGUAGGAAAUCUGUUAUCAUUUCUUAAAGCCUUGAGAAUUGUGUUUAAAAAAACCUUGCAGACAUUAAAGGAUGAGUAA